AUGUCGAAUAGUCGUCAAUUUCUUGUUCCAGUUAAUUAUGAUAUUACGAAAGGAGUUUAUUCAAAUGAUGAUAUUGUUCAUAAACGACAAUAUCUUAUUGAUGACUUAACUUCAACUAAACAAUAUUAUCAAACAAGCAUCAAUACAUUUUCAAUCGAAGAAAAUCGCGAAUCAAAAUCCUACGCAGACAAAUUGCGACAACGAACAAAAUAUUAA